AAUAUCCCGGUGGUCAGUCGCUUGUUGAACUUGAACCAGAAGGCAGCGCAACCCGGAGGACAGCUACUGCAGUGAACGAACGGAAUCCGAGAUUGAUUGUGAGCAUGCUUAGAACAUUGGUUCUUUUGUUUGUGAGUUCAGCGGUGUUGGCUGGACCAGUGAUUCGGGGAGAUAAAAGGUUGAACAGAAGUGAGGACAAUGCAUUGGAGAAUAGUAAUGUGACGGAACUGGCGACUGCGGUUACGGAAGCAGUGGCAUUGAACGAGACCCCGGAGUCUUCGAGCACUGCGGUAUAUCUGGAGGCAUCUACAUCGGAAGCAAAGCCAAGUACCAGUACACCUGCUGCACCCACAACUUCCGCAGCUUUCGCUCCUACCAAUAAGCCUCGUAAAACCAUAACUUUCGACCAGAGACAGGAAGGCAAGUUUAAUAUCCGGGCAGAUCUAGAGAACUUUGUAAUUGUGGUCGUACCAUCUUCUCCAUCCGCUGGUGUAUCACUUCUGGAUCUUCUGAAUCGUGCUGGACAUAAGAACCAACAGAAGAAAAAAUCGGGCCAUCGUAAAAAUACGAAAAAUCAUCAUUCUCAAAAGAAGACAUCUCGUAUAACCCCAGAGGUGGUAGUGCUGGACGAAUCACAAUCACAUGCCAGAGUAGCCAACGAAGAUUUCAUCGAAGGGCGAACCCCUUACAGGGUCGAUAUCUCUGGCAACGCCCGUAAUUUCAAUCAACCUUCACCGAUCUACCGUGUAUAUCGGCCCAACAACUUCCAUGUCGAGCAACCUGCUUCAUCUAGCUUGGUCCAUUUUCCAGAGCCGUCAGGUAAUUCUUAUCAUAACACCGUUAGAGCCUCCAAGUCGUUACUCGGGCCGGCUACGUACGACGAUGAAAUUAGAACUAAUACCGUAUACGCUAUACUAACCAAUAACAACAAUUAUGGUGAUGGUGGUAUCCAAGACGUUGAGGAGGAUGACACUGGUAGACAAAAUCAUGAUGAUGACGAUAAUUACCUGAUGAUGGAGCAACAAACUUAUCUAGACUUACCUGAUUCUUCGUUCGAUAGCCUAGAAUAUCCACGAUCGGACGUCGACAUGACGAAAUUGCAACUGCAAGAGGACAACGAACGGGAUGGUGGAGGAGGCGAGUGGGAGCUCAAGCUCAUCGGAGCCCAGGAACAAUGUGGCCCCGAUCGCAAGCGUGACAGUUAUGGUGUGUGUCAGUUUGUAACGCCAUGAGGCGUGUCGCCGUCCGUCUUGCGCGACAACUAGCCUGUAAGCCUUAUUUAUUAGCCAACGGCGAUCAAUCGCAUUUAAUUUAUUGUCAAUCACAUUGUAAGUGCCAAAUAAGAUAAUACAAAACUUUGAAUCUCAAAAAUAAUAUUAAUAAAAA